AUGGUGGGGCGCGGGGGGGGGACCCAGGCGUCCGAGCAGCGGGGGGGCCUCCUCCGUCCGGACUGGGGGGGGGCGAGCGAGCGAGCCAGCCCAGCGGCGCCCCCUCCCUCCCUCCCUCCCUCGGAGGUGGCUCCGCCCCCGCGGCCUUUCGGCUCGGCUCGGCUCUUUCCGCGGCCGCUCGCCGUCUCUCUCCGGCUGGCCGGCGGCCCGUUGGCGCUCGAGGGGCGGGGCCGCCGAGGCUGCUGCUGCUGCUGCUGCGGACGGAGAGAGCCGGAGCCGGAGCCGCGGCAGCAGGAGGAGGGGGGAGGGGGAGGAGGAGGAGGAGGAGGGAAGGCGGAGGCUGCUGCCGCUGCUGCUGCUCUCCUGCCCGGCAUGGCGGCGCCUCCCCCCGCCGCCUCCUCCUCGGGGGCUCCGCUGAUGGAGGGCUACGAGGGGGCGGCGGCGGCGGGGCGCGGGGUGCCGCGGUGGGGCUGGCGCCUGUGCCUGGCGCACCGCUUCGCCGAGCAGAGGAAGCCCUACGCCGCCUCCGACGUCUCGCCCGCCAACGCCCUCCAGCACCUGGGGAUGGCCCUGCGGUAUCUCAAGUGGUGGUACCGGAAGACCCGCGUGGAGAAGAAGCGCCCCUUCAUCGACCUCCUGAACUCGCAGCCGCUGCGCCAGAUCUACGGCUGCCCCUUGGGGGGCUUCGGGGGAGGGACCAUCACCCGAGGCUGGCGGGGGGACUUCUGCCGCUGGCAGCUGAAUCCUGGGCUCUACCACUACAAGACGGUGGUUGCUGACCAGUUCACCAUCUGCCUGCGCCGGAAGGGCCAGACGGUCUACCAGCAGGUGCUCUCUCCGGAGAGGCCCAGCGUCCUGCAGGAGUGGAACUGGGGCUUCUGCGGCCACUAUGCCUUCUACCACGCGCUCUACCCCCGCGCCUGGACGGUCUACCAGCUGCCUGGGCAGGACUUGGUGCUCACCUGCCGGCAGGUCACUCCCAUCCUCCCACACAAUUACCAGGACACCAGCUUGCCCGUGGGAGUCUUUGUCUGGGAGGUGGAGAACAACAGUGGCGAGGAGGUGGAGGUCUCCAUCAUGUUCACCUUCCGGAACGGCACGGAGAGCAAGGACGACGGCUGCGGCGGCCACUGGAACGAGCCGUUCAGCCUGGAGAGAGGCGGCCACUGUGUCCGGGGCGUGCUGCUGCACCACUGCCUCCCCGUGAACCCCUAUACGCUGGCCCUCUCUGCCCGAGAGAAGGCUGGCACCACGGUGUCUCACCUCACCGCCUUCAACCCUGCCGGCUCUGGGCAAGACGUGUGGCUCGACCUGCUGGAGGAUGGCAGGCUGGCCUCCCCCCCAGGGAAGAGCUUGCCUACUCCAAAGGGAAAGGCUUGUGCGGCCGCAGUGUGUGCCAGCUGCGUGGUGCCAGGCCACGGGCACCGGGCGCUGGAGUUUGGCUUGGCUUGGGAUAUGCCGCGCAUCCGCUUUGGCUCCAAGGAGAAGGAGCACCACAGGUGGUACACGCGCUUCUUUGGCAGUGAGGGGGACGCCUGCCCGGCCCUCUCCCACCACGCACUCACGCGUUACCAGCAGUGGGAGGAGAAGAUCGAGGCCUGGCAGCAGCCCAUCCUGGAGAACAGCGAGCUGCCCCCUUGGUACAAGUCGGCACUCUUCAACGAGCUGUAUUUCCUGGCCGACGGCGGGACGCUCUGGCUGGAGCUGCGGCCGGAGGAGCUGGCCUCCCUGGGGGCCGGGCCGGGCCUCUCCCAGCUCCUUCCGGUCCUCCGGGAGUACGGGAGGUUUGCUUACUUGGAAGGCCAGGAGUACCGGAUGUACAACACCUACGACGUCCACUUCUACGCCUCCUUUGCGCUCGCCAUGUUGUGGCCCAAGCUGGAGCUCAGCCUGCAGUACGACAUGGCUGCUGCCGUGCUGAGCGAGGAUCCCCGGCCGCGGCUGUACCUGAUGAGUGGGCAGACGGCCCAGGUGAAGCUGCGCAACGUGGUGCCGCACGAUGUCGGGGAGCCAGAUGACGAGCCGUGGCAGCGUCUCAAUGCCUACCUGAUCCACGACACGGCCGGCUGGAAGGACCUGAACCUGAAGUUUGUGCUGCAGGUGUACCGGGAUUACUGCCUCACCGAGGACUCUGCCUACCUGGGGGACAUGUGGCCCGUCUGCCAGGCCGUGAUGGACUCGGAGCUGAAGUUCGACACGGACGGCGACGGCCUCAUUGAGAACUCCGGCUUUGCUGACCAGACCUACGACGCCUGGGUGGUGACGGGAGCGAGUGCCUACUGCGGGGGCCUCUGGCUGGCAGCCGUCUGCGUGAUGUGCCAGAUGGCAGAGCUGCUGGGCGCCAGGGAGGCCCUGCAGAAGUACUCGGGCAUCCUGGCCAAGGGCACGGAGGCCUUCGAGAGGCUCCUCUGGAAUGGGAAAUACUACAACUACGACAGCAGCAGCGGCCGCUCCUCGGACAGUGUCAUGUCGGACCAGUUGGCCGGCCAGUGGUUCCUGCGGGCCUGUGGGCUGGGCGAGGGGAAGUCUGAGGUGUUCCCUCGUAGCCACGUGCUGAGUGCGUUGAAGACCAUCUUUGAGCUGAACGUCCUGGGCUUCUCGGAGGGGACGAUGGGGGCCGUGAACGGGAUGCGCCCCAGUGGGGUGCCGGACACCUCCAGCGUCCAGUCGGAUGAAGUGUGGGUGGGCGUGGUGUACGCCCUGGCCGCCACCAUGAUCCAGGAGGGGCUGGUCCAGGAGGGCUUCCGCACCGCCGAGGGCUGCUACCGCACGGUCUGGGAGCGCCUGGGCAUGGCCUUCCAGACCCCCGAGGCCUACUGCCAGAGGAGGGUCUUCCGCUCGCUCGCCUACAUGCGCCCGCUCAGCAUCUGGAGCAUGCAGCUGGCCCUGGAGCGCAGGGCCUCCCCGGGGGCCCCUCCUGCCACCAGCGCAGGCAGGCCUUGAGCUCCGGGGAGCCCGGCUGCACAGCCUGGUGCUGGGUCCUGCCCUGCCCUCUCCCCCCCCCCCGGCGGUGUUGGGGCUGGGCCCUGGGCAGGGGCCCACUUGGCUUGUUGCAUGAAGACCCCCAUCUCCUCCCCUGGGUGUCCGGGAGGGGGAGGGGGCCUGGCAUGUCUUGGGGCGCCUGCUGCCCCGCCUGGUGGUGUCUAUGACGGAUCCUUCCCCAGCCUGGGAGGAGGGGCUCUCUUGGCAAAGGGGGGGGGCUCACGCGAUCACAGCCCCCUCCCCAGCCUUUCCCUCUUCUCUUCCCACCCAUCCCCACGUUGAUUUGCACAUGAUCUUAAUCAAGCUCUGUACAAUCUGGAUUGCACCGAAGUUAUUUUUAGAUACGGAGAGAUUUUAAUUUAAAAUAAAUUUUGACUGGCACAGAAA